AUGGCGGUCUCCUCUGAAGUUGCAGAGAUCAUCCGUCGUAAGAUGUCGCAGUACUGCCGCUUAGCUGAUACCAGACAACUCCAUCUCUUCGACAAAGUUGCCCUCCCCGGCGCAACCUUCAAGUAUGUUGGCGCAGACGGCUCCGUAAUUCAUGAGAAUGGCGUUGACUACAUCUUCGACAACCGGGAAGCCUUCUGUACUUUCUUCCAUAAUGCAUUUGAGACCAUUCAAGUCAUCCAUUCAGUCGGACCAGGCGAGUUGGAGCAGAUCGGUCCUGAUGAGGUCAAGGCCAUUUUCACUGUCAUUUAUCAUGCGGGACCAAAAGGGACAGACGUGAAGAACCACGGGACUGGUGGAGGGCAUUACUAUGGGACGUGGAGGCGCGAGGGAGAUGACUGGUUCAUGGCAGCUCUCUAUAUGCAGAGGACGUACUGGAUCACUCGCGACUAA